CCAGCUUGGAGCUUGGAAGACUUGGCCAUUCCACUCCUGUCGGACUGGGCAGGCGAUCGAUCGAUCGAGAGAGAGAGAUGGCCGCCGCGGCGGUGUUGGCGCUGCUGAUGGCGUCGACGCUGGCGGGGGCUGCGGCCGGCGGCGACAUCGUCCACCACGACGACGAGGCCCCCAAGAUCCCAGGAUGCUCCAACGAUUUCAUCCUGGUAAAAGUGCAAAGCUGGGUAAACGGCAAAGAGGAUGACGAAUUUGUUGGUGUUGGUGCUCGCUUUGGUCCCAAAAUUGUCUCCAAGGAAAAGCACGCAAACCGAACUAAACUUACGCUGGCAGACCCUAUUGAGUGCUGCACUCCUCCAAAAGACAAGGUCUCUGGAGAUGUUCUUUUAGUUCAAAGGGGCAAGUGCAAAUUCACAAAAAAAGCAAAGUUUGCUGAAGCUGCUGGUGCUUCUGCUAUAAUAAUCAUAAACCAUGUCCACGAACUGUACAAGAUGGUCUGUGAAAAGAACGAAACAGAUCUUGAUAUACAUAUACCUGCAGUUCUCCUGCCAAAAGAUGCAGGUGCCGCUUUACAUACACUUCUUAUGAGUGGUAACGCAGUUUCUGUGCAGCUGUACUCUCCAGACCGUCCUGUAGUUGAUACAGCAGAGGUGUUUCUGUGGCUCAUGGCUGUUGGUACAGUCCUUGGUGCUUCAUACUGGUCAGCAUGGAGCGCUAGAGAAGCAGUUAUUGAACAAGAGAAGCUCUUGAAGGAUGGCCAUGAAAGCCUACUGAAUGUUGAGGAUGGAGGUUCUAGUGGCAUGGUAGAUAUCAACGUGGCAUCGGCGAUAAUGUUUGUGGUGGUAGCAUCAUGCUUCUUAAUAAUGCUUUACAAGCUGAUGUCUUACUGGUUUGUGGAGCUACUGGUAGUAAUCUUCUGCAUCGGCGGUGUAGAGGGUCUGCAAACAUGCUUGGUGGCUCUCUUAUCAAGAUGGUUUAAAACUGCUGCGGAAUCUUUCGUGAAAGUACCAUUCGUUGGAGCUGUUUCACAUCUUACUCUGGCAGUUUGCCCAUUUUGCAUUGUAUUUGCUGUUCUGUGGGCUGUUUACCGCCAACGACCCUAUGCUUGGAUUGGGCAAGAUAUUCUUGGUAUUGCACUGAUAGUUACUGUCAUCCAAAUCGUCAGAGUACCUAACCUCAAGGUGGGUUCUGUUCUUCUCAGCUGUGCUUUCUUGUAUGACAUCUUCUGGGUAUUCGUCUCCAAGAGGUUGUUUCAUGAGAGUGUGAUGAUUGUGGUUGCGCGUGGUGAUAAGACUGAUGAAGAUGGUGUGCCCAUGUUGCUAAAAAUCCCACGAAUGUUUGAUCCAUGGGGUGGAUACAGCAUAAUUGGCUUUGGUGAUAUCCUUCUUCCUGGGCUGUUAGUUGCUUUCGCGCUAAGAUAUGAUUUUGCUGGCAAGAAGAGCUUUCAGUCUGGUUACUUUCUGUGGUCAAUGGUAGCCUAUGGUUCUGGACUUCUUAUCACAUAUGUUGCACUGAACUUGAUGGAUGGGCAUGGCCAACCUGCCCUUCUUUACAUUGUGCCCUUCACGCUCGGGACGUUGAUAGCGCUUGGGUGGAAGAGAGGGGAGCUGCGAAACCUGUGGGUACGAGGAGAGCCGGAGAGAGUGUGCACGCAUAUGCAGUUGCUGCAGGGGACGACGACCCCAAAUUAAUGGCAUGCAUCUCUUCGAUCUCCCCCUGUAACAAUGUAACUGUAUUUGUAGACUGAUGUGUGGACAGCAAGUAGUAAGAGUGCCUUCCGUUCCUGCUAGUAAGUAAUACCAGUAUGGUCAACUGGUUGGAUCAGGACAGCUACAGCACUAGUGUGACUUUACUGGUUCGUGAAUUUCUAGUGAAUAUCAUGUGUCCUUAAUUAUUGGCUUGGUUUAGUGUGAUAUAUGCUGCCUGUGAUGGUAGCAACUACUAUUAUCAGGGAAUGAAUAGAUGGGUUAAUAGUUAGUUAUUGUAUUGGCAUGUGUGUAUAAUAAAGUACCAACAAUAUAAUGUUUGUGCUCC